AUGCUCUCCUUGGGACGAGUGGCGAUAAAUCGGACGUUGGCCUCGAGAUUGGCGGUUGCGAGCACGAGUUCUCUUCCAUCAUGUUCAGCCACGACAAUCCAGCGACGUCACAUCUCAUCUAAGGAUAUUUUCAAUACUCAGACACCAACCGGUUUUUCAAUUCCCGAUGUGCCCAUACCACCACCACCAACAAAGACUAUUGCAGAACUAGUUGAAUCAGGUGAAUCCGUGCUACAAGAAUUAGGCUUGUGGUCGUGGUGGAAGCCGAGCUCGUAUUUUCGAUGGGCCCUUGAAUCAAUUCACGUUCAUCUAGACGUUCCCUGGUGGUCUGCCAUUGUUUGCACAACCAUUCUCUUGCGGUUAGCACUUAUCGGGGUGCCGAUUAUGUCACAGAAACUCGUCGCCAAGCAAUCCAAGUACAAGAAAGAACUUGACGCUUUUCGAAGUCGAAUAGAAGAUGCCAGGAGAGAAGGGGACAAUCUAGCAAUUCAACAAAUCUUACUAGAACAGAGGGAUUUCUACAAAGCAAAGGAUAUCAAAAUGGGACGCCAAUUGGGGAUCAUGCUUGUGAAUGGUGGUAUUUUCAUGACCCAAUUUUUAGCAAUCCGGAAAAUGGCAGUGGUCAGUUAUCCGGGAUUUUCCACUGGUGGUGCUUUAUGGUUCACCGAUCUCACGUCUUGCGAUCCGUAUUGGGCUCUACCGGUGAUUUCAGCUGCCACAAUGGCUAUGGUUAUGCGAGUAGGAAUUGAGAGCGGUGCAUCGGCCGAUCAGAUGACCCCUUGGAUGCGCCUUGGAAUGCAAUAUGGGUUGCCGGUUAUUAUUCUCAUCUCUUCAAGCCAAUUUGCAUCAGGUCUUUGUGUAUAUUGGUGUGCUUCAAAUAUCGUCUCACUCUUCUACGCUGGGUUCUUCAAGGUUCCCGCAGUCAGAAAAAUGCUCAAUAUCCCCGAUGUGGUAAAAACUGAUUCGACCAGAGCGUCGGCAUUGAGCGAAGUGUGGAAGGGUUACAAAAACAAGAAACAAGUCCAACCUUCACUAAGCGAUCUGCGAAUUGAGGACGCAAAACGUUUCAAAAAAGCUGGCCAAGGAAAGCCCCGAGUG